AUGGAUUUGCUGAGUCUGGUUGAAGGAGGCUCUUUAGAGGCCGAAAACGGCAAAGCCGCUACUCCACCUGUACCGGUACCGGCGAAUGGAGUGUACUAUCUUCCAGUCCCCCAGACAGCCGUGCAAAAAGAUUUAGUCGAAGUGCUGUUCAAGCUUCACAGGCACCACCUAGUCAAAAUGCUGAAAGCAAAUUCAGAUUUGAAACAUGAAGAAAUGGGGAGUUAUGCCACUCAGGUAUUGACCUCGAAAAAUAUGUUGGAGCUGCUGAUCAUAAACAUGAAACUGAUCAACACCCAUGUUACGCUCCUGGUGAAGCAUUUUAUGCCGAGGAAAUUGUUAUUGAUGGAAUCACACCAGCAAAUAGCGAUAGGAAGUGGCAAGUUUGUUGCUUUGGACCGGUUUUUGAGCGAGCUGGAGCCCGUGAAAAAGACCGUUCUCAUUUGUGCUCGUGGCGUGAAAGAGUUGGAUCUCGUAGAAGGCUUGAUGAUUGGGCGAAAAUUGAACUACAAAAGAUUCACGGGUACAUCUUUGUAUGACCAGGAAUCGACCAGCAAGCAGGUGAUCCAGAAAAAGUACCGCUCCAUAGUACACAAGAAGGCCAAGCUACAGGUUGGAGGGUCCAACGGUAAAGAAGAGAGCGAGGACUUGAAGAAAUCUAAGAGGAAGAAGAUAACAGAAGACGACUAUGUUCCCAGGAAAUCCAAGAAUCACCCAGAUGUGUCGCUUUUGGAACAAGAUUUCAGCUGUGAGAUAUUUCUGGUUCUCUCUGAUCAGGUAUCCCAGAUGACUGGGUCUGUGGACCUGAUUAUUUCGUUGGAUCCGUUUCUUUCUGUGGACUCGGCUUCGAUUCAUGUGCUCAGAACCUCCAACUCUAGACCAAGCGAAUUCAAAGAUAAGGCAGUACUUGCGCCGGUUGUAAAGUUCGUCACGCUUAACUCUGUGGAACACGUGAUGCUGAACGUUCCUGGCUUUGAGUCUGGAGACCUUCUUCCGCUUGUAGGAGAAGAAGAGCUCGAGCAGUUGGUCCAGAUAGUUGGCUGUAACAGGGGUAAUGUGGAAACCUAUGAUGAAUCGAAACCCUCUGAGCAUUUUGAUGGACUCGGGAACUGGCUAGAGGAUCCGUUGACCAAUAAGUGGUCUGGUCUUUUGGAACUUCCCAAGCCUGAAGCUCAGUUCCCUGAAGACAAAGAAUCUCUGGAAGCUACAUUGACCCGAGAUUUUUCAGAAGGAGUUUACGAGUUUGACCACAAGGAAGUCCUUCCCGAAAGCAACGGCGACGGAAACGGUACAAAGAAGCUCAAGACCGAACAUACCAGCCUUCCCGACUUUACCUACGAGGAAUAUCUCAAGCAGCUGACCACGCUGGUACUUGAAAGAUUUGAGAAAGUGGGCCAUUUGCUGGAAAAGGGGAAAAAGCUCUCGCAAGCCAUAAAGAACAGAGAAACACAGGAGCAGGCGGCGAUGGAGGAUAAUAACGAAAGGAUAGGACUGUAUUAUAAAGAGUUGAAAGAGUCCGAGGUGAAGGCAUCGGCUCUGGAGAGAAGGGCUGAAAGGCUCGAUGGUGAUCACAUCAAAAUAUCGAAAAUCGAGCAAGCCUUGGUUCAAAGACUUGAGACUUUGAAAUCACAAGUACAAAGUCUGGAGUCAGAUUCUCAACCGACUCUUUUCGAAGAACAAGAAGCGGAAAUUGAGAAGCUGAAGCUUCAAGUUGAGACCAUCACAUCUCAUAUAGAGACAACCUCGGCAGAGUUGGAGUCUUUCAGGACAAAGUACCAAGAGAAGAGCUCCGAGGCUGCAGGGUUAUCUCAAAAGGUGACUUCUCUGGAAUCAAAGCGUGAUAGUCUACUAAAGGAGUCGAACGGACUGAGUACCAGCCUAAGACAGCUCUUGCUUGACGAUGCUAAACUAUCUUACAAUGAAGAGUGCGAGCUCCUGAGGCGCAAGAACGAGUUCCUGACGGCCUAUGCGCACAAGAUCGGAGAGAUGGUAAAGGAGAAGAACAGUACAGUCCUGAGCAGGGGUAUAAGGGUAAGCAGGUCCUCCACGCCUUAUGCUGGAUAG